AUGGAGCGGGGUUGGUACAUGAACUUAAUGGUGGGUUUUGUCGUGUUGCACUGUGCGGUUCAUGCAAGCAAGGAAGCGUGUGAGGUGUGUGAGUGUAGCGACCACGGGCCUCGCAUAGUUGACUGCAGCGAUAGAGGUCUGAUGGAGUUACCGACGGGGAUACCAAACGACACCAACGUACUGUUGCUAGCGGAGAACGAUAUAGAUUUUCUACCAGAUAAUUUGUUAGUUAACACAUCAAUAACCGAAAUGAUUGACAUUAGCUUCAAUCGUCUCCCAUCCAUUCCUGAUGGCUUAUUUUGCAAUCAGACUAAGCUAAAGAGACUCUUCAUACAACGCAAUCAAAUCAGGGUCCUCAACAGAGAGAUGUUUAAGGAUCUUCACUCCCUAAAUUUACUAUUAGCUUUUGGGAAUCCUCUCAUUGAGAUACAGGCCUGGAUUUUCUAUAAUACGCAGCUCACAAAUUUAUCCAUGUUCCAAAACAAUCUUUCAUCGAUUGGAGAGAGGCCAUUUGCCACCGUCAAUAAAACAAUCAAACAGGUAUCGUUGUAUGACAGUCAUUUGACAACUAUUUUCGAUGUCGUAUGGCAAGAUUUGGGUAUCAACGCCUAUGUGGCUGUUGAUAACACACUCCAGUUUGCGCCUGCAACAAAUCGGACUGAUCUGAAAAUUGAACAGGUUGGUGACGGGUUCGCCCUACCGAUAAUUGUAACGAAGGAAAUGGCAGAUAUCUUCACAAAAUGUGGAUUCUCCUGUUCAAGAACUGUUCAUUGGUGGCGAUGCGUGCCAUGUGCCCAAGGAUAUUAUGGAGAUCUGAGGGAGAGUGGGUGUAAAGCGUGCCCAGCUGGAGGCUUUUACCAAACCAAGACUGGACAGGCAGCAGACACAUCACAGCCCAUCAAGUGUCAAAAGUGCAACAAUGGAACCUACGUCACCCCAGCUGCUCACCCUGGUAUCAGCCCUGCAGAUUGCACCGUGUGUCCUACAGGUACCAAUAAAAGUCUCCAUGCAGGGUUCCGCGCAUGCUUUUGUCUCGAUAAGUACUACCGGAAAGAUCGGUUUGAUGAGUGUUAUCCUUGCCCAGACGAAGGUCUUGACUGUGCAGGGGAGUAUCAACACCUCUUACCUGGAUUUUGGUGGACUUGGGACUGGGGCUCAAACGACAACUACGAAGCAUAUCAGCAUUUCGUUGUAAACAUCAGGAGCAAAAAUGAUUCCUACAAUAGCAGCACGCAGCAUUUUAGGGGAGUGGUGCCUAAGGUACAUCCGUGUCCACGUAAGGAGUCUUGUUUAAAUGAAGGGGAUGGUAUCAAUGUCACUUGUGAGGUUGGUUAUGAAGGUUGGCUUUGCUCUGAAUGCAGUGUGGGGUACUACGCCUGGUUUGAUAGUUGUAAUGUGUGCCCAAAGUGGUGGUGGUUCUUACUUGAAGUCGUUCUGUUGCUGGUCGUGUUGGCAGUGGUAAUACUCGUCAUCGCUUGGGAUGUGCGGAGAAACCGGAGAAAAGGACGGUCGGCCGUUGAUGUGAUCUUUGCUCGAGGGAAAAUCAUGCUUGGUUUCUAUCAGGUGAUGGGCGAGAUUUUCUCUGCCCUUGAUGAGAUUCCCUGGCCGAAUAUUCUGACUAAGUUUGGGUCAUUUUUCAAACUGCUGGAGAUGAAUAUUGUCCAAUUGGUCAUCAGUCCCCGCUGCUACUUUCCAGACUUCACCUACCGCAAUGUGUACAUUGAGUAUUUGUUUGGAAUGAGCUUAGUUUCGUUUGUUGUGCUGGCAGCUUUGUGUGUCUAUUGGGUUUCAAAGUGCUACUUGGCGAUCAAGAAAAACACAGUUGAAGAGCGUGUCAAGGCUUUGUCAACCACAAGACAGAAAUGUUACCUGUUUGUUGUUAUGCUUCUCUUUGUGUCUUAUCCCGGCUUGUCCAGUGUUAUAUUCACCCUCUUGCCUUCUGGUUGCGACCCGUUCUAUCUAGAUGAGAACGAGACCUAUAGUGCUACGAGACUUCGAUCCGAUUACUCUAUCGACUGUCAAAACGAGCAGCAUGUUCAUUUCAACCAUGCUGCCGAAGCUUCUCUCUGUUACGUUGUUGGCUUCCCGUCCUUGCUGUUUGUACUUCUGUGGAGAAGCAACGGACAAGACAAGAGAAAUAAAUCGCAUGAGCACCUUUUGCCUGAAUCGUCAGUAGAUGAUCCGAGUUACUGCAGCAUCAAUGAUCCAACUAUGCCACACAGAAAUGAAGAUGAUUCCACAUUUAAUCAACCAGGCAUCGACCUCCUAAAUUCCGAAGAACAAAGUCCGUCAGAAAUCACAUGGAAAAGUUUCCUCAGUGGAAACUACAAAGCAGAGUUCUGGUAUUGGGAAAUUGUUGAGCUUUCCCGCAAGAUCAUCCAGACGCUGUUUGUGUUGCUGUACGGCCCAGAUGAUCACUUCACCAUGUUUGCAACCAUCGCCAUAUCUGUUGGGUUCCUGCUCCUACAUGCAUAUGUAAGGCCGAUGAAAGAUGUUACCGAUAGCCGUUUACAGAUGUGUUCCCUAGCAACCAUCUUCCUGAAUCUCUUGGCAGCCUCCUUGCUCCUGUCUCCUACUGGAGGUGGCACAGAGAGAGCCCAAGUCCUUGCGGCUGUCCUGGUUCUGAUGAAUUUCAGCAUCAUUGUGUUUGUCAUAGCAAGUCUUCUCUGGAUGGUGAUGAAGUCACUGUGGCGCUCUGGGUGCUGUGGUAGUAUGGCAACAUGCAUCGCUAAAGCCUGUUGCUGGUUUUGUCGACACGAGUCAUUGGCGAGGGAAGGCAGAGGCACACGUCUUGUGAUGACGAGUGUGAGAGAUCUUUCCCUUGAUGUUGACGAAGACUAUGUGGAAAGGCCUUACGAAGAAAUCAUAUCAGAGCAUCACGAGCUUGAGUAA